GGCACAAAAGAAAAUCCAAAGAAAAUGCAAGCGUCACUUGUGUGGGUGUGCAACGAGUAAGGGGCGAAGAGCUGGAAUCAUUGCCACAUGCUUAUCUGCUAAAUCCGAUCCAAAAAUGACCACAACAUUCAUCGGUUCCAAAUACCAUGCUGAAGAAGAGGAUGAGGAGGAGGACGACGAAGACGAAGAUGAGGAAGAAGAUUCAUGCUCGAGCACAUCAUUUAGUUUGCAAGAAUGCAUAAACGAGUUUCGAGCUCGUCGCAUUAGACGUGUAUCCACACACAGUCGCGACUGUGAGAAUGUCCACACACCUGGUCCAAUGGUCGUUCCUGAUCCCCAAAUAGCCGCUUCGGCUGACGCAGACCUGAUUAACCAGAAUCGCUGUAAUAAGGCCCAAGAACGCAAAGGCAAACCGUGCAAAAAUGGUUUCUGCUAUUGCUUCACUAGCGACAGUGGAGAUUGUGGCUCUAUAAUUGUUCCAACUAGAACGCGUGACUCGCACGUGCGCCACCAGAAACGCAGCAGGCGAUUGGAGAGCCAUCAUAAUCAAAAGCUCUCUACUCAACUACCGAAGGACAGAUCAAAGAAAGGGGAGAAUCAACAAGGUUGUAGAAGUAAUCCGGCGGCAUUGGCACCCUUAACAGCCGUUAGCCGUUUAUGUACGACGGACGAGAAUGCUCCACUUAUACACAUUAUUCAAGAGCUUCGUGACAAUUGUGUUGUCUCGGAAGUAAGAGUAAAUCGUCACAAAUUGUCUGAGACAAGUCGCAGAUCCAAAUCGCAACCGGUUAUGACGCCCAAAGUAGGCAUAAUCCAGCCCAGGAUUUACGAGCCUACCGCCCCGCCUUUGUCCAAUAUCAGCGAGCAGAAUGAUUCAGCGCCUAUAGAAGAGGAUCAUCAUUUGAUAGAGGAGGUGGGUACUUCUCUGAAAAGUGGGCGAUCGCGUCGCAGUUCCAGUGGUGGUGGCGGCCGCUUGCUUCAAAAGCGACUCUCAUCUCAAGGCGAGGUGAGCUUCAAGACACGUGAUGCACUUAAACCGCCGCCAAAGCCUCCACGCCGCGUCACACAGAGUCUCGAUGGUAAAUUCUCUUUAUCGUCGUUGACCUCAACGUGUGCUUCGGUGCGGGAAGCUGAGCAAGUGCUCGAUGAGUUCCUGAAAAGUCGUGGCAUUCAAUUACCCAAAAGUUCGUCACCCACUAAAAAGACAAAAAGGAAGUCCUAUCCAAUGUCGGCGACGGAGAAACCGAAAUGCAAACCAAAUGCAGUUGUACCUUCGUGUCCAUCGUUGAGCGAUAUGGAGCGUAUAGUGAAAUCCAAACGUGGCGUACAUUAUGCGAAAAACAUUCAACAAGCCCUUAGUAGAAAAGAACCUGUAGAGAAAAAUAUAAUCAUUGGUUGGGCAGAGCCGAAAAUUGAACAAAUGCUCAACCAUCAGAGCAAAGUUCAUCAAUCCCAGGCAGAGCCUCAAGUGGCUAUUGGCUGGCAAUUGCCAUCGCAGCCUCAAAUUCAACAGAUAGAACCGCGAGCGGUGAUGCCUAAAGUCUCUCUGGACACUGUAGAUGGGGGCGUGUGCGAGAAUCUUGACAGGGGCAAGAAGCAUACGCCCAUUAAAUAUCCGACAAAAGGAGAACAAGCCAGUCAGAAAUUCAUUUGGGGUGAGCAGUGGCGCAAUUUGUCACCAUGGAAUGGAUCGAAAAAAGGAAAAUCAUUGGGAAAGAAAUCAAAGAACUUCCUCAAUCAGUCUAAACAAAAAAUUCUUCGAUUUGUUUCACCCAAGAAAACCAAUCAUCAACAAGAAGACCAUUCCCAAACCUUGCCUCGACAUUGCUCAGUAGGAGUUCAAACUUCCAUGCAAUCGCGAUCCAAUCUGGAACUCAAUUUGCAAUCUCUAUCUCCACCCGGUAGCUAUCAUUCACCUGUGCAGUCAACGCCGUCGGCUAGCUCCGGCAGACAGCAAAAUGUAACGGAUUUGGAGCCUGAAAGACCGUACUUUGACUUUGAACGUCAAGUCCCUGCUCCACGAAUAUCGCCAAAGAAAUUGUCUCGUUGUAACCGUGCUCGUAAAUUAGAUUUUAAAUCCACGGAACAGCCCACCAGAACCUAUCGGUCCUAUCAGAAGGAACUUGAUCAGGACGUAACCAUCACGAAAAUUGGUUAUUUGCUUAGUAGUAUUCGAGAAAAACUGGAAGCAAGCGAUGAUCGGGCAGUGCAAACAUUUCAGGAUUGCACGCGAUUCAAUCCUUUGAAACGUCAUGAAAACGUUACUUUUGAUUGCCUGGAUGGACCACAUCGUUCAGUUAUCAGUACAUCCGACGAGGGUGCAUUACAAACGCAUCAGCAUGUAGAACAACUUCACAACAGCGAGCCGAUAUACUCAGAGAUUGAAGAAGACUGUCUGCGUAUCAGAGGCAGUCCUCAGUAUGAGGUUAGAACGGCAGCUUUUUUGCCGGAGAUCACACCAGUUUCCACACCCUGCGUAGGUGUCAGCACUCUAGCUGUAAAUGAAAGAAAAGCCACAACUGUUCCAGUACCCCCUCCAAUCGACCCCGAUGUAAUUUAUGCCAAAGUGAAGAAACCUUGCAAGAUGCAAGUGAAAACACAGCCGGUGGCAUUGGGAAAAUUUCUACAUGAAUCUCUCAAGAACGGCAGCUUCUUCCAAUUUAGUCCUCUACCAAUGGAGCCAAGUUCUAGCUUUGACGUUCUCACUGAAGCAACUGAAAGUAGAAGAACCCCAUCAACUGUUCAUCAGUCGCUAAACAACAUUAGCGAACAGCACUCGCCCCCCAAGAAAAAUCGUAGCCUCUCUAAGUCCGAGCUAUCGCUGCAGAGGAGCGAGAUCUUCCUUGAUAAUUUGUGCCGCAGUGAAAUUGUGCUCGACAGGGAGGAGAGUACGCGUCUGGAGAAGGUGCCAAAUAACUGUCUGCGACAAAUUGAUAAAAGUACGAGCGCUGAUGUCGUGUCCUAUGACUUGCCUCAUGAAAGUGGAGCCGGCCUAUAUGAAGAGUUCGAAAUGGUGGAUGCCAGUGCUGGUGGAACAUCGUUUGCCACAACAACGGUCUACGGCUCGUGUCAAAUUGAGCCACUGUCCCCGCCGUCGGAGAAUCAGAGCACACCGAAAAAGAAGCCAGAUUCACGAUUUACAACUAAGCCCACGCGCUCACUCAGCGUAGAUAUAAAUGAUGGUCCCUCAACGCCAGUGCGCCCGUUUGGUCUUAAUCUCAGCCAGAGCUGCCCAACCUCACCUCACCAGCCGCCUUCUGCUAGUCUGGAUGAGUUUAUCGACACGCUGCCUUCACGCACCGAGAGUCAAUUGUUAUCAGUAAGCGCCAUGGCCCGAUAUCGCCUGCUGAAGGAUGCUGUGCGACGCUCUUACCGCAGGGGUAAGAGUUUAAUUCUUGCUAAAACCCAUAGUCUCAAUCAGUCGCAUGAUCAGUCCAAUCAGACAGAGGGCGAGCUGGAUGGGAGCACAACUUAUGCCAGCUUUCAGCUCGACUCCCUGCUGAAUAAUUCUCUCAGCACGAACGAGCAGCUGGCGGCAGCAGUGAGCAUUUGCCGGCAAAUGCCUGACUUGGAAAUUUCUGCCGAAAUGGUGGAAGCCGAGCGCUUGCUGCUCUUCUCAACGUUACGACAGAAAUCGUUGACUGAUGCUACCCGUUCCCAGAUUCAAUCUCAGGACGGCCGUAAGGCUCAAUGCUUUCUCAUAGAUGGCAUGCAGUUGCCAGUUAGAGCUGAUGCCAGCCAAGAUAUGUUCUUUAAUUAUUAUUUUAUCAGCACAUUUGAGUGUGAGGGACGUAUUUGCUCCACUCAGUCGGUGGAGUGUCAGAGUGGUAUGGCUGUUUUUCGUGAUUGUGGAUUGGAGUUUUAUAGUUCUGACCAGGCGGACACACUGGAGUUGCGGUGUCAGAUCUUUAUGCUGCGACUACGCAAGGUAUCCACACUAGCUUUGGAGCCGACUAAGACAAUGAAACAGCGUGACAGCACCAGCUUGAGUAGCUCAUCCAGCUGUUCGACGUCUAGAGAACAAAUUGUGUCUCGCUUUCGCUUGCAUGCGUCCUUCUCUUUGCGUCCUAGCCAACUUGCUCCCUUCGAUCUGGUGGCCAGUGAAACGAAAUCUAGCGACGAGAUGUGUCUCCGCAGCUUCCGUUCCUGGUCCUUGCCCUUAACAUCUCACACAAAAUCCACUAACCUUGAACCGUACAUAACUUUGACUGGACGUGUGGAGGUCCGCCUGCCCAAGGUCCAAUACGCUGCCUAUCUUAAUGUCCAGGAUUCAAAGACUAAACAUCAUUGGAAUCGCCACUGGUGCACGCUGGAAGGUGUGCAGCUGAGUGUUUGGCGGCAGGAGAAUAAUCUAAGCGAUGAGCCACCACUUAUCAAUCUGCAACUGGACACCAAUCGGCGAUCGACAGUGGAUCCUGUCCCUAGAGAGCUGUGUGCCCGAGCUCGGACUUUUAUGCUAAAUUGUAGAAUAUCUAACGGAGAGUCUAUGGAAGUUUUUUUUGCUGCGGACACUCAGGCGGAGUUAACCGACUGGCUGAAGCAUUUAAAUGAGACUUUAGCAUUUUCCAAAAAGUGGCUCAGUGGUGGGGAAGCCUAAUUUUGGUCUCAGAUGUUCACAGUCCAAAAUUUAUAUUUAUUUUGUAAGAAUUGUUAUUAUUAUUGUUAUUAUAAGAAUGAAAACUGGCCAAGUUGGAGUAGUUGAAUAUGUUGAAUAUCUGGGCCAAAUGUUGUAAUUUUAUUUUUGGCGCAGUUUCAUCACUAUAAUUAUGAUUGGGCCAGGUAUAUAAAUUCAUAUAAUGUUGAAAAUUUUAUCAUUCCAUUCUGCAUUAAUUCCAGAUAUCGUUCAUUUUGUGGGCUGUAGUACAAGUUACAAUAACAACAGUUUAUUACAUACAUAAUUUACAUGGAUUGUUAGAUAAUAGAUAUAUUAUAUAUAUAAGGUUAUCUCAUAUGAUACAUAGCUCUUUGAUAUAAUAAGUACAUAAAUGUGUUUAAUAGUCCAGUAAUAAGUUUGACUCUGUGCUAUGGUUUAGGUUUACAUAUAUGGUCACGCCCCUCCUCACAAAUGUGCCUUUGGUGUUUGUGUAUUAAACUAUAUGUAGUCAAAUUCUAGUUAAUUAAGCAGAUUUUUGUAACUCCAUUUUUGUUUUCGGUUUUAUGAUUGCUCAUUAAAGUGCAAGAACAUAAGAGA